AUCCGACAAAUAUAUAUCUUUAGAAAUUAACAAAUCGAGAAACUGAUCGCUCCGUCCAAGCUCUGGAGAUGAAUAACGAAGUCGACGGUGAUGAAGAAGAAGACAUGGAGGUGUGGGAUACGUUGAGUAACGGAUUCAAACGCGCGCAAGCCGUUCUCGAUCAGAACCGUGAGUUGAUACAACGGGUCAACGAAAACCACAUGUCUCGGAUCCCUGAUAACGUCGCUAGAAACGUUGCUCUGAUCAACGAGAUCAACGGUAAUAUUUUUCGAGUUAUGGAGAUUUACUCUGUUUUAUCUGUCGAUUUCGCCAACAAAUUCGAUCAGCAGCGGAGGAGGACGGCCAAGAACGUCGACACUACAACAACUACCACCACGGCCGGUUCUUACGGCGGCAGACGGAGCUCUUUCGGUUCCUGAGACGCAAUUCACAACAAGCUCCGAUUUUAGCUUUUGCUGUUGGUGUUGAUGUCAUUAAGUAAGGAUCCUCGCAUUAGUAUUUUGUAAGUUAUAUUGAAACUUAAAAAGUGGUCAAAGCCACCUUGUCAAAAAUAAUAAGUUCCAACAUCUUGAUGAAUCAGUUCAGUUUUCUAGA